AUGAUAUCACAGGGACACCACGCUGCGCUGCGCGACACCAUGUCAAGGUUCACUGGUGCUCUCCUCGCAGCAGACCCUCCCAUCCCGGGGCUAGACCAGUCCAUUGUUAUCCCUGCACGCAGACUGCACUUCACGUUGGGUGUCAUGUCCCUUGAUAUCGAUGGCGCAACUACGUCGAAUGUUCAAGGGACUUCUUUACGGACCCUUGGGGCUGCGCUGUCGCUACUACAGGAGAUCCGCCCCAGGGUGAUGGAGAUGCUGGGAAAAGAACGUCUGCGCGUGGGUCUGAACUGCAUGGAUAUCAUGAAGCCAGAACGGCAUGACCUCGACCGCGCGCACGUAAUGUGGGUCGGACCCGGCCAGCACGGGGACGAGGCAGCACGAUUGAAGCGUGUAGCAGAGUUUGUCAAUAAGGCAUUCAAGGAAAGAGGCUUGGUGGUGGAAGAGAAUCGCCCGUUAAAGCUCCACUGCACGGUUCUCAACACCGUCUAUCGCAAGCCCAGGGGAAAGGGUCGGCUCCCGUUCUCCUAUUCGUCUGUGCUAGCUUCGCCUGCACUACGAACGGUUAUAAGCCCAAGGAGCAUCUCGGACCCGCUCGGCGCGGCACCGGGAAUGUCGUCCUUGGCGGGACUAAAAGCGGGACCUGCGAGGGUAGACUUGGGUGACUGGGACAUAGACGAGAUUCAGAUCUGCGAAAUGGGGAGCUGGGGUCCCGAGGGAGAAUAUGUUUGUGUGGGGCGGUGCCCUCUUCGUUGA